GGCCGUAGCCCAUGAUACAUGUCUGGCCUGGUCGCCCGGAAAUAUUUAAAUUGUUGCAAGAUCCUUGACCUGGUAUCCCCUAUUGAGCCGACCUUUGACCCGCCAAAAUGCCCCAGACUCAUCAUCUAGUUUCAACUUCAACUAGUGGCUCCAGAACCGAAUCAUCAGAAGAGUCUACCGCAAGUUCUUCAACGACUCGUAUAUCAGCGACUCUUAGGCUACGUGCAGAAGGUGCAGAUAAUCCUCCCAAUCCUAGCGAGCAUGGUGGGAAUCAAAGGUCAAUUCGGCGUAUACAAUGGAGGGAUGAUGUUAUAGACAACGAAGGAAUGGGAAGGAAAAGCUCCAAAGUCUGCUGUAUCUACCAUAAAGCUCGACCUGUCGGUGAAAGUAGCUCAGAAUCGGAAUCAUCUGACUCCAGUGAUUCCGAAUCCGACUCCGACUCCGAUGCCGACAACCUGACUCGCGGUAAAGACGAGCAGCAGUCUUGUCGUGACGGGAGUUGUAAUCAUGAGCGCCUCAGACGUACAGCACCAAAACGGACACCUAAUGAUAGAAAGACGAAAGUCAGGAAACCGAGCCCGAAUGCCUACGAGAGGAUGUCUAGGACUACCAGAGGACAUUGAACAAAUCAAGAAAAUUCCAUGGGAGCUCCUACAUUCGCAGCAAACCAUUGAUUUUUGAAAAGGGAAUUCAGAACUCGCUUCAACUCAUGCUACAAUCAUGCCCAGAAAUUGUCACAUCACGCCUUUUCCUAGCAUAGGGUUGGUUACUUUGCCAAUGUAGGUCCAGCAAUCGACCAUGGCCAAAAAAGCGAUCAACUUUCUUGGAGGCCAACGUGACAUAGUCUCAGAAAUUAAGGCAUAUACAUCUGAAGUAGCUCACCCUCGAUGGCGUUGCUCUUUUCAAGACUUCUUAUCUCUAUCAUAUUACGACUCAAAUCAUAUGGAACAGCAUGGUGCGCAAUAUGCCAUGUUCCCGUAUGAGACUCAGUCUGAUCGUGAUGUUAUAUACAUAGCAUUGUUUGCCUUGUAGAGCUUCAGAAUUUACAACAU